AUGCCCAGGUCCCCUCCUGGUCAAAGAAGGUUGCGCAUGUCGCUUAGCGGCAGGUCGUUUUGGCGAUUCCCAAGUGGUGAUGGAACAAUUCCGCACUACGUGCAGAGGAGAUUUCGGGUGAAGACCUUCGGGCUUCUUACCAUGCAGCUCAUGCUCGUACUCGGUGUCAUGGUGCUCGUGGACUUCACAACACUGUGGGAGCAGCUUGUCCCUGAUCAUUUGCCAGGGAUCUUUCGGCAGGUCGUGUUUUACACCGUCGGUCUGACAAACUUGGUGAGCGUGGUGGGCCUCUACUUUGCAAAGGACAGGUAUCCUGCCAACUAUGUGUUCAUGGCUUUGACGACCUUGUUGUCUGGACUUUUCUGGGGCCUGACGCGUUCCCAUUCAAACAUCACCAUGCAUUUCCAGAUUGUGGGCAUUCUCGCGUUUACCAUGUGUGCUGCGACCGUGGUUUCUGCAGUCUUCGGCGGAAGAGAGAUGAAGAUGAAGGGCGGUUCCUUGCUGCUGGCUUCAUUGGCUCCGGGUUGGCUUAUCGGAUGCGUCAUAAAUGCGUUGGUCUGCACUCUGUGGUCGCCAACCGGUUCCCUUGAAGUCUUGGGGGCGACAGGCUUCUCGUUCUUGCUGGUCUGCAUUAUGCUUCUGGAUGCGGGUAAAUUCCUGGUGAGUUGUCAACCAGAUGAUUUCAUGAGUGUGAUCGUUUCAAUGGAUUCGUCCCUGCUGGUGAUAGUCAGCAUCCCUUUCUUCGUCUUAUCAUUCUGUCUUCUGCACACUGGUGAGGCCGUUCUCGACCCCAUGGUUUCUGAAGACUUGGAAGCUCCACCUGAGAAUGUGCCCGUGCCGGAGCAUUUGGGUGCGCCCAACACUCUCGUGAUCGCAUGA